AUGUCUCUAUCUGCCGACUACUGGAGUGAUAAAACGGGUGACAGGGGUGGAGGAGGGGGAGUUGCUUUGGCCCAUCAGAGGAGACUGAUCCGGGGAUUGCUUGUUUGGGCCACCCUGCUCACUCUAGGCUUGGCCACAUCAAUAACUCUCCACUUCAUCCACAGAGAAUCGCCAGCUACUAGUAAACAGCAGGAUCAAGAAAAAUUCGACCAACCUCAGCACAAAGAAAUUCCUCUAAUGGAAUUUUCACCAGACUGGAAAGACUCAGACAUGGUGGAGAAACUCCAGUGGAAAACAGUGCGUGAGGUUUUUAUCAAAGGACAGGAACAGCUGUUGGUGAACGAGUUUGGCCAAUAUUUCCUCUAUCUGCAGGUUACCCUCGCCUCUCAUGAGAAAGCAAACCAUACAAUCACUUUGGAAUCAAAACAAAGACGUGUGAUUUUAAAAGGUCUUAUCAAUGGAUCGAAACUCUCAACUGUCUUCAUGGCUAAAGGCAUUUCCCUCGCUAGCGGAGAUACUCUAACUGUGACCUGCCAGCCGAGAGCCAAAAUCCAGAUCUCUCACACUGAAACCUACCUGGGUGUGAUCAAGAUUAAUUCAACCUGA